GAUGCGCGGCGUCGCGACGCCGUCGUAUUCGCGCCGGCAGUGUCGAGUGAACUUGGUACCGGAGUACCGGAAGUGGAAGCGGGGUGUCGGUAUCACUUGAGUGAAACCAGCUGCCUCUAUCGCAAGUCAGGCUGAUCUCUCGCGACUUCGUUGAAAUAAUCGCGGCACUAUAAUGUCUUCGGCAAUGUAUGAAUCCUUGGGCGCCAAGGUUGCUAUGUUCAACCAGUAUGCCAACAAACAUAAAGAUAGGCAGAGCAAAAACCCGUUCAGUUCUGGUUUGAACAUCGAAAAGCCACAAUUCUCGAAAGAGGAAUAUGGCAGACCAGAAGCAGGCUCCCUGUCUGAUCUACGUGGUCGAAAAGCGAACGCCCAUGUCUUGAAGGAAAUCCUGGAACUUUGCGAAAUUAUUGCCCAUGAAGGCACACCCUGCCGGGAUCAACCUGACGUCAUCGGCAUCACGUUCGGCGACAUCUUCAAUAUUUAUACUAAUAUCAGCGACAAAUGCGUAGGACUGUUGCUGAGAGCGAGGAAACAGAAAUAUUUAGAAUUCGAGGGCGAAUGUCUUUUUCAGAGGAGAGACGAUGACGUACCGAUAUUUUUAGUCAAACCCAUCGAAGAAAUUCGCAAGGAGUAUAGUCAACGACUCGAGGAAAUCCGAAACGUUGCACUGGAUAGUUAAUGUAAAUCAUCACCCUUUCUGUAUUAAAGUUACCGAUCGUCAAAUGACAUUCGCGGUUGUCGAGGGAUCCAGUUUGGCCUGUAUUUAUUCGUUUAUACUUCACAAUAACACGAACGACCAGUAUAGUAUGUAAUUUGCAUUCGACUCGUCGGUUUUGUACGCUGAGAAUGAAUGGAGUGCGGAUCGGUGUAAAUAUUUUCGCGAGCGGCGCAAGUGAGGUACAUUAAUGUGACAGUGACACGAUUAGCGCAAUUAGUACGAUUUUUAUAGAAUAUUUUAUCGACGUGUUGUCAACUAUGUAAAUAUCUUACCCGAAAUAAAUAACUGAUAUCUCGUA